AUGAAAGCUCAGACAGUCGGAUGGUUGAUAGUUCUGGCCCUGAUAAAAAAAUUUUCUUGUAACACAGACACUCCUUUUGAACUACAAAAUAAAGUGGAGGCUACAGAGGGGUCAUGCAUUGAAAUAAAAUGCAACAUCACCAGAGACAUCUCCCCAUCCCCUGAUAAGUACUGGUUUUGGAUGAAGAAUGGACAUUGGGAUGGGUCUGAUUAUGAUGGAACUAUUAUUUACAGUUCAAAUACCCAGAAACGUCCUAUCAGUCCAGAAUAUAAAGGCAGAGUAGAAGAAAUCGGCUCUCCAUCAUGGUCAAAGAAUACACAAUGCAGUAUUUUGAUCCACAACCUGACCAAAAUGGACAGUGGAAACUAUUCUUUGAGAUAUGUAGGCCGAGAUAAAUGGUUCCAAAAAGCUCAGACGAACCUCAGAGUUCACCAAAAUCUAUGCCCUAUAAAUUUUGAAAAACCACCCAUAGUAAAGGAAAAUGAGACUGUGACACUGACAUGCUCUACUGACGUGAAUUGUCCAUCAAAUCCACAAAUUGACGGUUUGACACAACUACCAAAGAGCAACCCACUGACUGAAAACAAAAAAAGCACCAUGGUCAGCUUUACAGCCAACUGGAUGGAUGAUGGGAACGAGUUUUCAUGCCAAAUACAGGAUCAACCAGACAAAUGUAUGGCUCGAAAUAUCAGUGUGGUAGUAGAAUACCCAACUCAAUAUUUGACCUGUCUUAUUUCUCACACAGAUGCUCCUAAACACACAUCCGCUACGGUAAGCCCUGAACACAUCACAGAAGGACAAACUGUGACUCUCAAAUGCUCUGCCAAAGGACGCCCUGACCCCACAUAUACCUGGUUUAAAAAUGCAGACCAAGUCCAACAGAUGGAUAUUGAUAAAGGCAUUUGGAAGAUAUCAUCAAUUACUUCUUCACAGAGUGGAGAAUACCAUUGUAAAGCUACAAACAAGCAUGGGACAACAAGCUCGAACCCGGUUUUUAUUAAUGUUACAUAUGCCCCUAAAGUUAAGAUAGAGAUGACACCACAUCGGUCUCCAAUCAGACAAGGACUUCAAAUGACUUUAGAAUGCAAUGUGAUGGCAAGCAACCCAUCACCAAGCAGUUUCGCUUGGUUUAAAGAUGAUGCAUUCAUUACAAUGGGACACACAUAUUAUGUUCAGCAGAUCAAACCUGAAGACAGUGGUAGAUACAGCUGUGAAGCGUAUAACACUGCAGGUUCUGGAAGAUCAGAGCCAUUAUUAAUUGAGGUUGAAUACAGGCCCAGGAACACAAACAUUUUAAUCUCUGGCUAUGUGAAAACAGACACACAUAGAGUGAAAGCUGGUCAGAGCCUCACAUUCACCUGCGAUACUGAAGCCAAUCCUGCCCCGUUCAAUUACUCCUGGUACCGUUACAAUACAAAUAAACAGACUGUCUCCUUGCAGUGGACGUCCACCACAACUUCUAACAACCUCCUAUAUUUCGAGAGUGUGAAAAGGGCAGAUGAAGCAUUUUACUUCUGCAACGCCACCAACAGCAUCGGUACAGGGGACAAUAGCAACCAUAUAUGGAUACAAGUACUUUAUCCUCCCACCAACGUCAUGUUGACUAUGGACACCGAGGUCAGGUCAGGUGAGCUCAUAACCAUCAGCUGCACCGUUGAAAGUUACCCGCUGUCAAGUCUCACCUUGACUAGGACUUCCACAUCGAGCUCUCGGUCUUUAGAGUGGCACAUGACAGCUAAUGUUGGGCACAAGAACAUGUUUUCCCACCGUUUUAACGUAACUUCAGCCGACACAGGCUUUUACACCUGCUACGCCAACAACAGCAUCGGAGAACAGACAAGCACACAGAGGAAGUUGAUGGUGAAAUAUAUUCCUCAAAAUGUGACCAUAAAAGCUCAUCCUGACCUUGAAGUAACUGAAAAUAAAACGUUGACGCUAAACUGCAGUGCCCAAUCCUACCCAUCAGUGAAGUCUGUCACCUGGACGAAGGUGAUGGAUGGGAAAGAUGUUGUUGUGAAAAAGACUCUUUCACUCAAUCAACCUUUCACUCUAAAGUCUGUCACUCCAUCUGACAGAGGGAAUUAUAGCUGUACAGCCACUAAUGAACUUGGAUCUGGAAAAUCAAAGCCAGCCAAUGUUGAGGUCAAAUAUGCUCCAAAACACACAACGAUCACAAGAAUAGCAGUGCAGCAGCUGGAGGACGGGAUGCAUGCUGUGACAUUGAGCUGCAACAGUCUCUCUUAUCCCCCAGUUAGACAAUACGUAUGGUACAUGAAGAAGGAUGAUUACCAAGGAAAUAUCGAAGUUUCAUACCAUCAGAACUAUACAGUGAACUCAGACAAACCGGGAGUCUACUACUGCACUGCAGAAAAUGAAAUAGAUAAAAGAAUGUCUGAUCCAAUCGAGAUGUUUCUUUACAGUCGCUUGACAAAGAUUUUGAUCUUCAUGUUUUUUUUUAUUCUUAUAAUUUUCGCACUUGUCUUUAUUAUCAGGAGCAAUCUGAUGAGCGAGCCUAGUUUGGCAGAGCCUUCCAGGAGCAGAGAUGACCUCUUGCCAGAACGCCGUCCAAUGGCCCAACCAUGCCAGCCUCCUCCAGACAGAACAGCUGCAUCCAACACCAACACAGUUUACUGCACCGUGAAUUUGCCCGCAAAACAGGGUUCCUCAACACAAGGUGGACACGUGAACAAUGAUGCCCUCAACAACACUGCUUUACACGUUGGAAAUAAGAAAAAGCAGUCAGAAACGGAAAAGGACACGUAUGCUGUGGUAUCCAAGCCAAAGCUACCCAAAAAGAAAAAACAAGAAACGCUGGAGGUCUAUGAAAACUUGGGUAAAGCACGAGUCAAAUCUCCAAAUCCACUAAACUAUGACACAGACACCAGUGAGGAUGAACGAGAGGUCAACUAUACACAGGUGACCUUUAACGUAAAGCAGGGACAUCAGAGAGCCAACACAGACACCCGUGAGGAUGAACGAGAGGUCAACUAUACACAGGUGAAGUUUAAAGCAAAGCAGGGACAUCAAAAAGCCAACACAGACACCCGUGAGGAUGAAGGGGAGGUCAACUAUACAAAAGUGACCUUUAACCCAAAGCAGGGUCAUCAGAGAGCCAGCACAGACACCAGCAGCUCUGAUGAGGAAUAUGUUACUCAAUACUCAGAAGUCAAAAUCUGAGUAAAGACACAUAAUAAAUCCAUUAAUGUAUAUAUACUAAUCCUAUGUUAAAAAGUUGUGCCUGAGCUAACAUGUUCAUAAUCAUCAUCAGGGUUUGUUUAUUCAA